CUCUCGGAGCAACGGUACUCGUGUCUCGGCAGUCGGCGCCUGCGCCGCCACACGCUCCGAGGUCUGUGCCCUCCUCCCCGACAACUUGCACGCGUCAUUGCGCUCGCGCACGCUCCCCCGCAGCCAACACUCGGGUUUCAAACGAAUAUUCACAAAUAACGAACAAUCCGAUCGCGAAGUCCCUGGUCUCCGUAAUAAAUAAGUCAGGCCAUUCCGGCCAAGUCAGUACCGAGAACUUUUAAUAUCACACAUUACGGUACGCGGCACCGUGUGACGGAACUUUUAUCAGUACAGCCUUUUACAAGCUCUCAACUCUCCGCGAGUUCAAUGUGAUUUGUGAAAUGUUGCGAAUUAUGGAAAUUUCAUGUUUUCAUAUCGACGUGGUGAUUUUUUAUCGUGCCUGAGGCGUAAAGUGGAAGUUUGUGAAUUAUUGAAGGAGGAACACUUUCGGAGUUACAGUGCGAGGUGCUGGGAAUAGCGUCAAAGAUAAACCGCACGGACAGGCUGAAUAAGAGAUAAAAAUGCGGUUACUUCUCCUACUCUUCACGAUCCCGUACAUCGUGGGUCAACAACAAUGGGUGCCCUGUUCAGAACUGAACGAUGACCUCCGGUACCCCUGCCGGUGCAAGGUGCAAGUAGACCGGGCGCUGCAGCUGAGGAUACUGAUGAACUGUGACAGGGUGGUGUUCCCUGGUGACUUCCCGACCCUGCCGUAUGGAGCACCUAUUAUAUCGUUCAGUCAGAGGUUUGCUGGGCAGCAGACUUUGCCUACACAGAUCUUCUCAUCCUACGGUCUUCCAUUAAAAGAACUGGACUUCUCCCACAACAGUUUACGAAGACUACCAGACAGACUUCUGGCGGGAGUCCGAGGGAAUAUUACCAGACUGGCCUUGUCUGACAACUUGCUUGGAGAUAACCUCAACCCAAUAUUCUCUACGGCUGAGCUUCAUAAUCUACCAGCUUUGGAGGAGUUGGAUCUGAGCGGUAAUAGUAUCAGAGGAUUGGAAGAAGGACUUCUGAUUGGCUGUGAGGUUUUAAAGGUCUUACGUUUGGACCGUAAUAACAUGAAUUCGGUGCCUUCAUCCUCCUUAAAUGGACCGCAAGCGUUGAAAGUUCUAUCUCUCAGAGAAAAUAGAAUAGCAUUAGUACGACAAGGAUCCUUCCUAUCACAAAAAACGUUUGAAGAGAUUGACCUACACGGGAACAUGAUAUCGACCAUCGAAGGGGGAGCAUUCAUAGGACUUGCAGACUUACUAGCACUCGACUUAGGCCGCAACCGACUCUCCAAGUUCAACAGCGAUGUAUUCCAAGGCGCAGAGAAUUUAGAAAAGUUGGACCUCUCAGAGAACUUUAUCACGGACUUUCCUACUGUGGCGAUGAAAUCAUUCGUAGCUUUGAAACACUUGAACCUCUCGAGCAAUAUGAUCACGACGAUAGACAACAGUCACCUAAGCUCGCUGGUUUCCCUUCAAGUGCUGGACCUCAGUAGGAACAACCUUGUGAAGUUGGCGCCCGGCACCUUCGUGGGACUCACUGAAUUGCGGUACUUGGAUGUUGGAGUUAAUGCUCUUCGUACUGUGGAAGAUGACGCCUUCGACGGUCUAACGAGUCUUGAAACGCUUCUUCUACGAGACAACAACAUCCUACUAAUACCAGCCACCGCUCUUUCUCGCUUGCCAAGCCUCGUCUCAGUCCAUCUAGGCUACAACAGAGUCACAGCACUAUCCAGUGACAUCCUCAAAUCAGUAUCCGACAGGGUUACAUCACUAGUCCUGUCAAGAAACGUCAUCCGAGAACUACCUCCAGGAGCGUUCGAUCACUUCAAAACAUUACACCAUUUAGAUCUCUCGGGUAACCUCCUUAACUCAAUCAGUGCUGAAGUGUUUAGUGGGUUAGAACAAUCUCUCCAAUUUCUGUCGCUAAGCCAAAAUAGGAUACUCGAGUUUGUCGGCGAGCCGUUGAAGUUUGUCAGUCUUUGGUUCUUGGACAUCUCGGAUAAUCAAAUUUCUGAAAUACCAGUUGAUGCGUUCCAGUUCAUUCCGAGCCUAACUCAUCUCAACGUAAGUCGUAACUCACAUAUGAGCGUGCUGCCGCAAAAUGUCUUCCAGCACAACCAAGCGUUGACGAGCAUCGAUUUGAGCAAUGUUGGAUUAAAAGCACUUCCAGUGAACUUAUUUUCUAAAAACAUGAACUUACAACAAAUCUAUUUAUCAAACAAUCUUUUGCAAGAAGUAUCCGAAAAUACAUUUAAAAAUCUCAGAAACUUAACGCAUUUAGAUUUGUCCUACAAUAAUAUCGUGAAUAUUAGGACGCCGUCGUUUGUGAACGUAAUGUCUAUCCAAUACUUAUCUCUGAAGGGCAACCAGCUGAACGCAUUUAAGGGGGAGUUCUUCAACACCGGAACGAGUCUCGAAGUUAUAGAUCUCUCUGACAACCAACUCAGUUACUUAUUCCCGUCUUCGUUUAAAAUCCACCCACGCUUAAGAGAAAUCAUUCUUACCAACAAUAAGUUCAACUUCUUCCCGUCAGAACUUAUAAGUACUUUACAAUAUCUUGAAUUAGUGGAUUUAUCUGGUAAUGCUCUUAAGAAUGUAGAUGAACUGGAUUUCGCCAGACUACCCAAAUUGAGGACCAUCUUGCUAGCGAGAAACGAACUUGAAUCAAUAAGCGAAAUGGCUUUUCAUAAUUCAACACAGAUUCAGUAUUUAGACUUGUCAAACAAUAAAAUCGAUCGUUUGGGAGAUCGACUGUUUGAAGGACUCAUUCGACUAGAAGUAUUGAAUUUGGGAGGAAAUUUACUUACUGAAUUGCCGGAAAAUAUUUUCGAGCGAUCGAGACUUCAUAUGUUAGAAAAUAUUGAUUUGAGUAGCAAUUUAUUUGAGCAUCCUCCAUUGAGAGCUUUGCAAAAACAAUACUUCUUUGUAUCGUCCGUCGAUUUAUCUCACAACCAGAUAAUUGAUAUUCCAGCCGAGGAUAGUGUUAUGGUGAAUAUCAAAAAGUUAGAUCUAUCAUUUAAUCCUUUAUCAGAGAAAACAAUAAACAACGUUUUAACAGAACCUAAAACGGUGAGGGAUUUAAAUCUUGCCGGUACAGGAAUCCAAUCAUUUGGACAACUCGAAACGCCAUUUUUGCACAACUUGAAUUUGUCAUACAAUAAUAUUAGCAAGUUGUCGGAGAAGACUUUUACUCGAACAACAUUACUGGAAUCACUGGACCUUUCGCAAAAUCAAAUUACCGACGUCACUGGCUCGCUGGCUGUGGCUUGGCCCAAGCUUAAAAACCUUUUACGACUUAAUAUUUCUGGCAACCCAAUGGUGAUGAUUAUGGACGGUAAUUUUGAGAAUCUUUCGUCUCUUCGAGUUUUAGAUAUUGGUAAUUUGGAAAAAUGUACAAGAAUAGAGAAAAAUGCAUUUAGAGCACUACCUAAUUUAGUCGAACUUAGAGCUUAUGGUUAUCCUAGAUUAGGGUACUUUGAUGUUCAAGGUGCACUACAGUAUUUAUUGGCUCUCGAGAAAUUAGAUGUAGAAGUAAAAGACACCACAAUUGGUGCUGAUCAAUUACAUACCACAUUACAUCCGCGUUUGGAAGAAUUAGGUAUAAGAGGUUCUCGUCUCAAAACGGUGUCUUCCGGAGUUUUAGCCGGGUUAAAGGCUCCUUCAAUUACCGUAAAGUUCAGAAACACUUCUAUCACAAGUUUACCUCCCGCAUUGCUCUUCCCCCUGCCGAGAUCUUCGCAAAUUACUAUUGAUGUAGCUGGAAGUCAAUUGACAACUUUACAGCCACAACUUUUAGUAUCUUUAGACGACCGCCGGGCGGACCUUUCAAUGUUUGGCUUAGACACUAAUCCGAUUCGUUGCGAUUGUAAUGCUCGAGCACUUAGAAGAUGGCUGCCUAAUGUAGGAGUGAUGGAUGUAAGGUGUGAAUCUCCUGAUCACUUGUCCGGAUUUUUGUUAGUAGAAAUAGGGGACGAUGAAUUGACAUGUGAAACUAGGCGAAGGACUACCGCUACUUCUAGUAGUAUUUCGACCACCCCUACUCCACGGUUAGUCCGUACGUCCUCAGAGCCUGAUAUCAUUUGGUCAGUGGCACCUUCUCAUGAUCGUCCCAAAGUAACUGGGGAACCUAAAGGGGCGCCAGUAGUUGGUGUCGCAACAUCGAAUAACGAUGACAACCUCAUAAUCGGCAUUGUCGGUGGGGUGGUUGCAUUUAUCGCUAUUUUGAUCGUAGCAAUUUGCAUUGUACGGCUAAGGAUGACAUCGACAUCGUAUCGCGGUGGUCCGCUGGCCAGCAGCCCCACUGCCGGCGGUCCUCCGAUGUGGGGACCUCCAUGGCCGGGUUACGCGGGUACCUUGCCCCCACCGUCAUUAUCUAACGCGACCUUGCCUCAUAAAGUGCAGUCUGGACCAGGGUCGGUUAGGUACUUGGCCCCGCCCCCUCCGGCGCCAUAUUUUAUAAGCUUGCCACCUCACGAUGACAAAAUUUAUCGGUAAGACAUUAUCCCAGUUUAUAGGUAUUAAGUUUGGUAUGAAAACAUGUUGUAAAUAUUAGAAUUUCACUGAAGAAAUAAUCAUAUCAUAUUUUUAACGAAACUAUUUUGCGUCUUAAACUUUGCGAAGCUCAUAUCGUUGUAGAUAUCAUUAUUCCCUCUAAGAUUGUAAACUUAUGAAGUGUAACAGUUCUGUAAAUCGUCUAUUGUAACAUGGCUCGGACUAGGUUUGAAUGCAUCUAGUCAACACUGACAGACUUAAACGUAGCUUAAUCUGAAUAAUAAAUAAUGUAAACGGGUUCUGUAUGUGCUUGAGUGAAAUAGGGCAAAAUUAUAUUUCUGUAAAAUAGUUAUUUAUAAAACUAAAAUAUAAGAGGUGCGCAAAAUCGACCACAAUUCAAAAUUUUGCUUGGAUGUGGCGAGCCGUAAUCGAUUUUGUGCAUUACUAACAUAACGUUAAUUAGCUAGUAUUAUCUAACAAUAUUUCUGAAAUAAAAUAUGAAAUAAGA